AUGUCGUUCGUAGGAGAUAUACGAGCCAAACCUCUCCCCUCAACUCCUGAUUCUGAGACUCAUUACGCUUCAAAUAAUUCAUCGACUCCAUCCGAUCUCACGGACUCAGCUACCCCGGUCACUCAUUCAAAUCCACAUGAAAACCAACAUCGGCCAAAUUCUCAACCAAAGAAUCCUCCAUAUUCGCAGCACUCACAAACACAGUCAGCCACAGCCCGAUCUCGCGCAUAUUCAACAGCUUCCACGUCGUCAAUAAAUUCCGUUCGUCGCAAACCUUUACCUGUAAGUGCCUCGCCUUUGGCAACCAGGUUUUCCACCAGGUAUUCCACGGCCGAAUACUUCAGUCCAUCUAUCGAAGAAUUACCAGAACCCGAUCUGCCACAUUCAAGGUAUACGAAUGUUGCUGAUAGUCCAACACUUUACGAAUUUCCAUCUAAUUUAAAAAGCGCUGUGGCAUUUUCCCCAGAAAGUUCCAGCAACAGAAAUUCCGUCCGAAGUUCAGUAAGAAGUUCAAGAAGCUCUAAAAGUUCUAGAAGUUCUAAAAGUGCUUCGAAACAACAAAGACCAUCAUCAAAAAGAUAUUCCAGCGAGCAAAUCGCUUGGACUACAGUGACGCCAGCGCUACCAGAACAACUAUCAGAACCCGAAGAACAAAUCCCUAGCCCAAAAAGUCCGACCCUUUUAGUUCCGUCUCACACACAUUCACCGGGAGCCUCGAGGCAUGCAAGAUUGGUUAGCGAUUCUGCUUUAAGUUCUGAUUCUGAAUCUACCGGUAAUUGGUACGGGGAUUCAAGUCCAGAAAGUCGCCCGGGUUCUUCUGCUACUAUGUCCAUUUUCUCUUCCAAAGCUACACCACCACAUAAUAUUAUACCUGAUGCUCCGGCAAGAACCUAUUCUCACGAAUCUCACGACUCUGCUUCGACUAUACAAAAACCCAAAUCGCCAGGGAAGCUUGGUUCUUUAUUUAGCUGGGGAGGUGCGGUAUCCCCAUCGAGCUCAACAACGACCUUUUCAGAAGAUAAGACAGAUUAUUCUCCAAAUUCUCCGAUACCGUCGUCAAAUGCAUCCCCGCAUAAACUUUCGGAAUUCGAAGACUCCGAUAUCAGGACAUAUAAUACUAAAGCGCCACCGUCCGCGAUCGAUAUCCCCAAAGCCAAUGCAGAUGCGGCCGAUUAUUUCGAAAACACAUAUCUACAAAUACCCAUAGCGACACCUAGCCCCACAAAUUCACUGGUUGAAGAAAUGGAGCAAGAAUUGAAGGAUAUUAGCCAAGAGCUGGCGUCUUCUAUACGAAGAGAGAUGGACCUGGAAGAUCUUGUAGACAGACUACAGCUCGAAGCUCAAAAUUCAGGAACAAAUGCCAGCAAACGAACAAGCGAUUAUUUCUCGGAUUCUGGAACAGGUGUGAUUCCUAGAUAUGGGGAUCCUGAUCCCAAGCAAGAUGAAAUGGAUAAAAUUCAAAGGAAAACGGAACAAGAGAAGGCUUCAAUUAGGUUAGAACUUACAAAUAAGGUACAGGAUGAACGAGCUAUCAGGAAACAGCUUGAAACGCAAAUUCAGGCUUUGGAAGAGAGGGCAGCUCAGGUUGACCUUGCAGCUCUGAAUUCACUUGAUACCAAUGGACGACUGAAAGAAUUGGAGACAACUUGCGAGGAUCUUCGCCACAAAUUAUCCGAAGAGAAACAGGUUAGGGAAAACUUUGAAGAUCUCUUGACUGCACUUAAAGCAGACCUCGAAACUUCUCACAACGAACGUGAUAACUUACGAGAUGAGAUUGUUCCUCAGCUGAAGGCCCGUGUCGAAGGGCUUGAAGCUCAAGCUGCAGAGCAUGAAAAGUUGACCUAUGAGCAAACCAAGAUGGCCCAAGAACUCCAAAGCCUGAAAAAGGAAAAUGUCACAUUGGUCAACGCCCAAAGACUUCAAUUGGAGAUGAAUCAGUUCAAUUCCGUAUCGGACGAGGAUAGCAUGGGUAGCAUAAGCAAUCUACCAAAGUCUAGGUCAUCCAUAAUGAGUAUUGCUGGUAUAGGUGGACUCAGUGGAAUGGGUGGAGGUGCUUUGGGCGGUUCAGGUGGCUCAGGUGGUUUGAAACGGGCCAACUCACUUGCACAUACCGGAAAAACGGCUAGAUCACCUGUUGGAUCGUUAUCAAGGACGGCCUCUGUCAGAGCCAUAGAGUUCAAAGACAAUUUGGCGCAAACGGUGAAGGAUAUUGAGCUCCAACGAGAUUCGCUACAUCGUGCUCUCAAAAGCUUACUCGAACGUCACGAGCACCAAAAUCGUGAAAAUGAAAAGAAAAUCCGCCAAUUGGAAAUGGAAAGAGAUCGUGCCUUGAACCAAUCACCAAGGCGGCGUGGAUACGACAAGGAAGUUUCUAGUUUGAGAGAAGAAAUAAAUAUGCUUCGCCGUCGUGCGGAUGAAGCGAUUGAGCAAAAGUGGCAAUGUGAGAAAGGACUAGGUGGCUUAAAGAUGGAUCUCGAUCGUGCUGAACAGGAAAUUGGUUCACUAAGAAGCUUGUUACAAGAGAAAGACAUCUUAAUCAAGCGAUCGAGUAUAGAUUCCAGACCUGGGAGCGCACACGCGACCUCUGAGACACUUGAGCGAUCGUAUCGGGACCUUCAAUCGGCUUACGCAGCUUCUCUUGAGAGAAUCAAGACCCUCGAAAUCUCAGCCUCUGGUGAUGAAGCUACUGCACGAGCUAUGGAGCAGUUGGAGAGGAGCUUGUCUGAUGCAAUUUAUGAAAGAGAUGUCGUCAAACAAGAGCUUGAGGCGGUCAAGGAGCAAUCUGAAUCUUUGAGAGACUCAGAAAAGGUACAUCUUCAGGAGGAGAUGCAACUAGCAGAUGAGUUGCGUGAAUCAGCCAGAAGAGUUGAGGAAUUGGCUGGACAAGUUAGACUUCAACUUGCUUCAAACAGCACUCUCAGACAACGUCUAGCUGAAGCUAUUGAGCGUGGAGAGAAGGAGCAGAAAGCUAAUGCUCAAAAGAUCACUUUCCUCCAAACUAAGCUCAAGGCUCUCGAGGAUCAACUUAUGGCUGCUCAGAACAUAUCCGAGGUGAGAAUUGCUCGUCAUGAAGAUGAGAUUCGUGAUCUCAAGGAUAGCCACAAUUUCCAACUUCAUCGAGUAAAGUCGGAACUCCGCUCUCCUCGUUCAUUCGGACCUAAGGCUCCUAUGUCUCCAUUAUUCGCAAAUGCUAAGAAGGUGCCACGUCUCUCCGUUACAACCUCUGGCAAAGGAAUGUCUGUAUCUGAAGAUCUAAAAGUUGAACAUUUGAAACAACAAGUUGUUAAUCUUGAAUCUGCUCUUGCCGAAGCCGAUAGGGAAAUGGAAGAAGUUGUCGGUCGUAUGAAUAUCGCGCAAAUCGAAGUAAUGGAACUACAGAACGAACGGGAAGAAGCAGUACGUGAAACGAAGAAAUUACAGAAAAUGAUUGAACAAGAAAGAUUGAGAGCUUUUGAGGGAAGAUUUGCUACUCUUAACUCAUCAUCAUAA